UAGUAACUUCUAGACGUUCGUGACCCAAAUCGAUCACAUAAAGGUCUCCUAUUUGUUUACCUCUCAUCUCCUCUUCCGUCUCCUCCGAGUUGACGCAGGUCGAUUCCACCGAGUCCGAGCGUGUUUCCACCGAUUCUUGCUCGCGGUGCGGUGGUGGAACGCUCAGCCUCCUUCCGGUGGCGUUUUGAACCAUAAAUUUCAGAAAUGAGGCACGUAAAAUACCAAACUUAUGAUCUUUUGAUUGUAAUAUUAUCCAUCCUCUGUUUGCUCGCUUUAGACAGUGUAAAAAUGGAAUCAUGGAAGAGUUCCUUGAAGCUAAUCUACAUACGUAUAUAUAGUCUCCAGGUCUCCUUUUUAGUUUUCACAUAGUAUUAUACUAUUGUUCCUUGGGGCUGUUACCAAGGAAUUAUUCUCACCUUGGGAACCACUCUCUUCUUUCCUUCACCCUUGAUUUGGUGCACUUUAUACUACAAAAGAACAAGAAUUAAAUGAUACACACACCAGGAUGCAAAUGAUGAAAACUUGAAUGCCUUUCUUUAUCUGGGCACCUCCAUUCAGAUCCCACCCUGCUAUAGAUGCAGCAGCAGCCUCUGUUUAUUAUUGGUCCUUAGUUCUAGUGCAAGGCAGUGAGGGAGCAGCUUUUUGAUAUAUAUAUAUAUAUAUAUAUAUAUAUAUAUAUAUAUUGCAAUGAGUGCAAGAGAAGAGAAAAAUAUGGACACUAUUGUUCAUUUCACGUAUCGACAUCCACUUAGCAUCUCAACAAUCCAAUGUCGAGCAAGACAUAAUGAUCGAUGUGGCAUGUGCUCGGAAAUCCUUGAUCCAAUUGCCAGAGUUUAUGCUUGUCAAGGUUGUUCAUUCUUCUUACACGAACAUUCUGCUGAAUUGCAGCUGGAUAUUUCACACCCCUUUCAUCCCCAUCGCCUUCAUCAUCACAUUGAUCCUAUUGCUAUUGGGAGAGGGUGCGACGCUUGCAGCUCUCGUGGAUCUUAUCCGUUCAAAAGCUGGUACCGAUGUGAAGAGGCUGACUGCUCCUUUAGUUUGCAUUUGAAGUGUGCUCUGUUAAAACCUUCUCAUGAUCAUCAUCGAGUAGAGGCGCUGCAGAAUUCUCACGGGCAUUCUCUACUUGUUUGCGACAGGCCAAAUGUUUUGCAUUACUCUUGCACUCGCUGUGACACUGAAUUUGGAGAUGAUGACAAGAUUUACGUUUGUCUUGAAUGCAAAUGCAUGUUAGAUGAGCCGUGUGCUGCUCAUGGGCAGGAAAUCAGGCAUCCCUUUCACUCUCAACAUACUCUCUCUCUCGUUCUCUAUUAUUUGCGUCCACCUCGUUGCUGCAGCCUCUGUGGUGGCGGUGGAAGGAAUGGUUAUUUCUUCACUUGUUCUUCAUGUGAUUUUUGCCUCGAUGUUGAUUGUGCCAACUUGGGCGAGACUACCACAAUCUGCAAAGCCGACCAAGGGCAUAUUCAAAUCCAACCUGUAACCCACCCCCAUCCCUUGAUUCAAGUGGAAGUAAUGAUCAGCAUGAAGAAUUUCAGCUCCUGCUGCUUUGCCUGCGGCCUCCGCUUUGAGGAUCUUGUUUACGCUUGCCUUUCAUGCCGAAUCCUACUCCAUAAAUCCUGUGCUGAUUUGCCUAACGAAAUCACUAGCCAUUUGCACCCGAACCACUUGCUCAAACUUGUCAAAAACUCUUUCUGGUUCCACAAGAGAUUUUCUUGUCGAGUGUGCUUACAAUCUACCGGCCACUUUUUCUACGACUGCGAAGAAUGUGACUUUGGGUUGGAUGUUAAGUGUACAAGAUCUGCAUUCCCACUUAUAAUGUCCAAAUACCACAAACACGCUCUUGCUUACAUUGACAUUCAAACGCAUAAUUUUGAGUGUGUUUUGUGUAUUUGUAUUUGCAGACAAUUUUACUUCAGGUGUUUACGCUUGGAUUGCAACUUCAGCAUCCACGAUCACUGCUAUCCAUCGCUGCCACCGACCAUCAAAGAUGAUUGCCACAUACAUCCCCUCACAUUUGCCAAUUAUCCAAUCAAGGGGGUUCCAGAUGAUCCGGAGGAAGAAGCAGAAUUGUAUUGCUAUGCCUGUGAAGAAGGACGAGCAUUCGACCGUAUCACAUAUUUGUGUUCAUCAUGCCACUUUGUUGCUCAUGUUCAUUGCGUGAUAACAGUGAUCAUAUCGUACCUGCACAAGGAGCCUAAUCACUUGGCCAUUACUAUCAUUGGAGAACAAUUGGGGUCUACAGGUGAUUCAGCUGAUGAGGAUGCAGUUCUGCAUCAACUAGACGAGGAAAUUAUGAGACUCGAAAAGGAUGUGCAAGCACUAAUGGCAAAAAUGGGAGAACUUAGAAAAAGUCGUUUUGAGCAUAUUUCAAAGCGAACUACCUCCAGAAGAAAGUUCCUGUUGGAAAAACGAGAUCAACUGUAAAUACAAGAUCAAUUGUACAAGUCUGUCUAGCAAACCUGCACUGCCAUGCGCAAUCAGUUGAGAUUGAAGUUAGAAUAGCCAUUACAUGUGAUGUGUUUCCUGAGUUUGUUGAGAUUAUGGAAGAAUUUGUGAACACAAAACCCCAAAAACAUUUACUUGAAACUCUUGAAAACGUUUUUCCUUCAUAGCUUGCUUUUAACGCCUUCUUUAAAACUUCAGAAGGCGUAGUUUUAUGUAGCUUAUGCGGAGCUGCGCCUGUUUUAGGCAGCUUUCACUUCCCUGCCUUUGUAGGGUACUUGAAGGCUUGCUUCGUGUAGUUUGCACUAUUAUGUAGUGGUAUGGACUUUUACUACACCGUUCUAUGUUGGAUUUCAGAUUUAGAGUGUUUCCUCUA